CGCUUGACGAGCCCCUCUCACAGAAAAUACAGAAAGCCAGCUGCUGCCGGCAAUGUGAAGUUCCACCACUAGUCAUCAUGUGUCGUCAGUCAGUUACCUAGAUCAGUCGCUCUAGCAACGUCAGUGGCGCAGUGAGAAGUCGGGAAGCGUUCCUCCGCCAUAGUCAGAUACGAGAGGCAUUUGGCCUGCUUUCGGAAAAAUUUCCCUUUCGAUGGUUAUUAGUCUCGGAGUCAGCUGUUGGAAAACUAUAGAUUCUCUACUGAACUGUGAUCAUGGUGAAGUCUAAAGACGUUUCCGUUUCUCUGACUACCAAAGGAGACAUCUCACCACAGCCGCAUAUCGAUGAAGAUCGUCCAUCUACAUCAGUGGAUGAGUGCAAGGACGAGCCGAAGAAGAACGGCUCGCGAACACAUAAGAAACAUUCGGUCGAUGACAAAGACGACACAUAUGUCCCCCCGGAAGUGCCGGAUCCUUUUCGAUUCCGGAUACAUUUGACGCCGACAGACAAAAUCAAGGUGGCGCUGAUGACGAUUUUCGUGGUGCCCAUAAGGGUGUUCCUAGUGACGUUUUUCCUUUUCUUGACAUGGCUCGGUUGUUUCAUCGGACUGUUAGGAUACUCAGAGGAGGAGCUGGAGUCCAAACCCAUUCAGGGUUGGAGACGAGGAUGGCGAGAAAGUGUGCGCUCGAUGGUAUUCUGGGCCUUCCGCACAUUCCUCAUCAAGGUGGAAUUCCGAGGAGAGCGGGCUCCACCUUCUGAGGCUCCAAUCCUCGUAGCAGGACCUCACUCGUCGUUCUACGACUUCGCCACGGUGAUUGCCAAGAGCCCUGUGCCCUCAGCUGUUAUCCGGGACGAGACUGGAACCGUUGUGAUUUCGACAAUCCUACGCUUCAUCCAGCCCGUAUUCGUCAAGAGGAGUAGCAAGGAGUCUCGUCUAACGACAUUGACCGAAAUAAAAAAUCGCGCCACCUCGAAGGAAGCGUGGUCGCAGAUCGUCAUUUUCCCCGAAGGCACGUGCUCCAACGGAAGUGUUCUCAUCAAGUUCAAGCAGGGUGCAUUCAGCGCAGGGGUACCGAUACAGCCCGUGCUUCUCCGAUACCCGAAUCGAUUGAACACUUUGACUUGGACGUGGGAUGGUCCUAGCGCCCUGAAAACGAUGUGGCUGACGACUUGUCAAUGGACGACGAAAAUGGUGAUUGAAUAUCUUCCCGUGUAUUGCCCGUCCGAAGCAGAGCGCCAGAAUCCCACUCUGUACGCAGAAAACGUGCGACAGCUGAUGGCCGCCGCCUUGGGGAUCGGAACAACUGAAUUCAGUUACGACGACCUACGCUAUUUGAACACUGGUGAUAGUCGUCAGAGUCAGCACACUCUAGCCAUUGUUAAACUGCUCAAGUUCAGAACCAAGAACGGCCUGAAACCUGAGCAGCUUCCUGACGAGAUCGCGAAAAUCAACGAUCUCAUAGAAAAGAAAGCCAAGGACGAAUCGGGCGUAGUUCAAGCUACCCAAGCGGAGAUUCUCGCUGCUCUAGGGCUCGAAUCGUCGGAGGCAGCACGCGAAAUGUUCGGAAUUCUGAACAUGGUCAAGGACACAAGUCUUGAUGGUAGCGAGGACCAAACUCCGGAAGAGCUCGUUGACCUCCGCGUUUUCUUAGCGUCGUUACAUUUAGUGAACAUGGACGGUCAAUCUGCAUUUAAGGCUUUGUGUACUGACGGAGAAGAAAUUCCCUCGCAGUCAGCUUUCUGUCGCUUGUGUUGGAUUGCCAUGCAAAUCCCAGUUACGGACUCCCGAGCUCUUUAUCACUACCUGAAACCUAUCCUGUCAGCUCAGACAUUCAAAGAAUACCUCAUCAGUCAUCACGAUCGUUGCAAGGGAGUGGUUUACUUCGAUGGAGGCAAGCGUCUUGCCGUAGAGGCUGAACCAGGGAGCGAUUCGACCACAGAUCAGUCGGUCAAGCGGCAGAAGGCUGAGUGAAAAAUCAGUGAGAUCCACGACCGUGACAGACGUCCGGCGCAGAGGAACUGGAGCGGUGUGCGAUUCAGCAAAGGAAUAUUUAAAACCGACGCCGACGGUCGAUGGAUGAAAGGAGCGGAUGCUCAUACAAACACCGAUACCGCAAAUUUCUCCUCCCCCCCCCUCGAGAGCCAGAAACUUGAGAACUCCCCGUAGAGACCAUGAAGUUGUUUUAGAAAGAUGAACUGUAGGGAUCGAUGAGAAUAUACCCUUGCUGAGAAUCAUGCGGUAAUCGGUGUUUGUGAGUGCUCCGUUGACAUUUGAAUAAUUUUCCAAUUAUUCAGGAGAAAUUUGUGUAUGUAACUUUCUUGAUCCCGAUCGGUUGGCAUCUCAAGAACCAUGCGCUCAACCGAAAUCGGAGCGAGUCGCAGAGCCAACCGGUGCUUCACACUGUAUAUAAGUAAACGAAAGAUUAGGAAAUUCUAUGAGGAGGAGCACGAAACGGCAGUAUCAUCGGAGCUUAUCAUGAAAGUUUCAUUAUCAGGCCAGGGGUGAUUCGACAGUAUCUCUCUCAUCCCCAUGGCCCCUAUUGUGUCUUGUCGAUGAACUGAGAAUGACAACAGCUGGAUCUCUCCGCCGCGGACACGCUCCGUUGAAGAAUUGAGGAGGAAGGUUCGCGAAAUCGAAUCGGAAAAGUCGAGUCUCUCUUGGAGAGGUCCUCAAAAAUGUCGAAUUUUUCUUGUGAGGUAAUUGUAUCGAAUGGAACAACGAUGGUUCUAAAGCCCUACCUG